ACUCUCGACCGGUUCUCUGUUCGUCGUUUGUUUCUUCCGGUGGAAAAAAAUGGUGAUGGAAAUUGUGAAACCAAACACCUGCAUUAGAGGAUGUUGCACAAGUGAAUCGAUUCCUCUUCAUCUCCCUUCUUCUUCGUUCACUCUUCUCUCCCCAAUCGCUAAAGGAUCAGAGAGUGUUGUUUACGAAGCGAUUCUCGACGGACGAAGAGUAGCAGCGAAGAAGCCUAUCCUGUCUACUUCCGACGACCUCGACAAGUUCCACAGAAAUUUGCAGCUCUUAUGCAAUCUCAAUCAUCCUGGUGUGGCUAAGUUACUAGCAGCACAUGCGAAGCCUCCAAGUUACAUGUUUUUCUUUGAGUUCUAUGAGUCUGGGACUUUAGCUGAGAAGUUACACGUCGAGGAGUGGUCUCCGAGUGUUGAUCAAGUGUUAGUGAUCACGCUUCAUUUGGCAAAGGCAUUGCAAUAUCUUCACAACAACGGGAUUGUUCAUAGGGAUGUGAAAUCAGCAAAUGUUCUUCUUGACGAGAAGCUUUUUCCAUAUCUGGCUGACUUUGGUUUAGCUGAAUACAAGAAGAAUUUGCGUGAAGUUAAUCUGCAGAACUGGAGAUCUUCUGGGAAGCCAACUGGUGGAUUCCACAAAAAGAAUAUGGUUGGAACACUUAUUUACAUGGCCCCUGAAAUACUGAGGAAAGACAUGUGUACUGAGAAAUCAGAUAUUUAUAGCUUUGGGAUUUUGAUCAAUGAGCUUUUAACUGGAGUUGUUCCAUAUACUGAUCUUCGUGCAGAAGCUCAGGCUCACACUGUUUUAGAGAUGAAUUACACAGAACAGCAACUUACAGCUGCCAUUGUGUCUUCUGGUCUGCGACCUGCUCUUGCUGAAACUGGAUUGCACCUUCCAAAGAAUUUGCUAUCUCUGAUACAAAACUGCUGGGAAGCUGAUCCUUCUAAACGACCUUCUUCGGACAAUGUGGUUUUGGAACUAGAAUCAAUUUGGGAACAAGUGAGAGGAAAACUGCAAGGUCAUCUCCUUGAGAAAACUUAUAAUUCCCAGAGUGAUACAGAUGGGGCGGACAUCAUUAAAAAUUCAGGAGAGUACAGGGACACUGUUAAUUGGUCUAGUCAAGGGGAGUGUUUAUCCAAGAAAUCGUCUGUUUCCACUGUCUUUGAUGUGAAAUUAUGGUCUACUUCAAUAGAUGAUCCUUCAAGCUAUGUCCCUGUAAUUUCUUGUGGGUCUUUUGCAACAUGUGGAAGAAGAGAAUCCAUGGAAGAUACACACUUUCUCAUGCCUCACAUGUGUAAUGAGGAAAGCAUCCACUUAUUUGCCAUCUUCGAUGGUCACAGAGGUGCAGCAGCUGCUGAAUUUUCUGCUCAAGUUUUGCCAGGACUAAUUCAAAGCUUAUCUUCCACAAGCGCUGGUGAGGCAUUAUCACAAGCAUUUGUUAGGACUGAUUUAGCUUUCAGACAAGAACUUGAUUCCCAUCGUCAAUCAAAAAGGGUGAGUCAGAAAGACUGGCAUCCUGGUUGUACUGCUAUAGCCUCUCUCCUAGUAGAGAAUAAGCUUUUCGUUGCAAAUGUUGGUGACUCCAGGGCAAUUUUAUGCCGCGCCGGCCACCCUUUUGCUCUAAGUAAGGCACAUCUUGCAACCUGUAUUGAUGAAAGAAAUCGUGUGAUUGGAGAAGGUGGGCGUAUUGAAUGGUUGGUUGACACAUGGAGAGUUGCUCCUGCUGGCCUUCAGGUUACCAGGUCGAUAGGAGAUGAUGACCUGAAGCCAGCUGUAACAGCAGAACCAGAGAUUAGUGAGACAAUUCUAUCAGCUGACGAUGAGUUCUUGGUAAUGGCAAGCGACGGGCUCUGGGAUGUUGUGAACGAUGAAGAAGUUAUUGGUAUAAUCAGGGAUACUGUAAAAGAACCUUCAAUGUGUUCAAAGAGAUUAGCAACCGAGGCUGCAGCGCGUGGUAGUGGUGAUAACAUCACAGUCAUUGUAGUCUUCCUGCGGCCAGUGUCUACAGCUGAAAGGAUCUACUAGUAGCCAAUUCUUGCACAGUACUAUUCAACAUGCAACUUCUUUACAUAUAAAUUAUUUUCUCUGUAUUACGAAAAAUGAAGCUUAUAUUAUCGU